AUGAUCAGCAGACAUACAAAGAAGUCAGUGCUUUUUUUACUUACCCUCUGCUUUUCCUCCUCCUUUAAUCCCUCUUUCUCCCCUUCUUUCUCCUCCUCCUCUUCUAUCCGUUCUUUCUCCUCCUCCUCUUCUAUCCGUUCUUUCUCCUCCUCCUCUUCUAUCCGUUCUUUCUCCUCCUCCUCUUCUAUCCGUUCUUUUUCUCCUCCUCUUCUAUCCUCUUUCUCCUCUUCUUACCGUUCUUUUUCUCCUCCUCCUCUCUUCUACUCUUCCGUUCUUUUUCUCCUCCUCCUCCUCUUCUAUCUGUUCUUUCUCCUCCUCCUCCUCUUCUAUCCGUUCUUCUCCUCUUCUAUCCGUUCUUUCUCCUCCUCCUCCUCUUCUCCUCUUCUAUCCGUUCUUCUCCUCCUCUUUCUCCUCUCCUCCUCCUCCUCUUCUAUCUGUUCUUUCUCCUCUUCUAUCUGUUCUUUCUCCUCUUCUAUCCGUUCUUUCUCCUCUUCUAUCCGUUCUUUCUCCUCUUCUAUCUGUUCUUUCUCCUCUUCUAUCCGUUCUUUCUCCCCUCUUCUUUUCUCCUCUUCCUCCUCCUCUUCUAUCUAUCGUUCUUUCUCCUCCUCCUCCUCUUCUAUCCGUUCUUUCUCCUCCUCCUCUUCCUCUAUCCGCUCCUCCUCCUCUAUCCUAUCUCCUCCUCCUCCUCUUCUAUCCGUUCUUUCUCCUCUUCCUUUAUUCCCUCUUUCUCUUCUCCCUUUCUUUUCUCAAUUUUGUUGUAGAACAUUUGGUUUUUGUGGGGAGAGUUUUUUUCUUUUCUCUUUUUUUUCUUUUCUCUUUUUUUUCUUUUCUCUUUUUUUCUCUUGGUUUUUUUUUCUAUCAUGCUUUUUGGGGUUUUUUUUUCUUGUUUUUUCUUUCUCUCUAUUUCUCUUUUUCCUUCCUCUUUUGUCUAUCAUUUUCUUUUUCUUUCUUCUUCCUCUCUUUUUCUUCCUCUCUUCUUCCUCUCUUUUUCUUUCUUUCUCUCUUCUUUCUCUCUUUUUCUUUCUUUCUCUCUUUUUCUUUCUUUCUCUCUUUUUCUUUCUUUCUCUCUUCUUCCUCUCUUUCUCUCUUCUUCCUCUCUUUUUCUUUCUUUCUCUCUUUUUCUUUCUUUCUCUCUUCUUCCUCUCCUUUUCUUUCUUUCUCUCUUCUUCCUCUCCUUUUCUUUCUUUCUCUCUUCUUCCUCUUCUUUUCUUUCUUUCUCUCUUCUUCCUCUCCUUUUCUUUCUUUCUCUCUUCUUCCUCUCUUUUUCUUUCUUCCUCUCUUCUUCCUCCCUUUUUUCUUUUUCUCUCUUUUUUCUUUCUUCUCCGUUUAUAUUUUCAUUACAUUAAAUUUAUUUUUAACUUGCAGCUUUCAAGACCUACGACCCAUUGCCACAGGUUGCGGUCUUAG